UAUCUUCUGUGAUGAAUCAACUGAAAAAAGCUGUUGUUUUUUUAUUACUUGGUGUGUUUGUAGACGAGCUACUUGGCAUCCCCGAACUAUGGCCCAACUUGGGUGACAACGGUCAUAUCAUAGGAUUACGCGAGGACGGGGGUGAUCCAACUAUACAUGUGUGGUGUUUAAAUGAUAAGCAUGAGACGUUAAAAGGACUGAGUAGUAGAGGGAACUAUUACUGUUCUAGUAACCCAAGAUGUUUGCAUUCUUUUUCUACUGGCAAUAUAAAUAAAAACUCCAUAGACGGCAGAAUCGACUUCGUGUGUCCUCGUGAAGGAUACAUAAGUGGUAUAGAUGAAGGUUAUUUUUUCAAGGAUCCUGCUUCAGUUGAGGUCCGGUGUUGCCAUGACAACCAUCCCCGUAAAGGCUGCUUCUGGGUUGGUUGGCAAAACUGCUUUGGACGUCCAUUCAAGUUCUGGGUACCAGAUGGAUACUACAUGGCUGGUUUUAGAAGGAAGUUGCACUUUGACCCAAAGAACAUAUUCUCGGGAGUUUGGGACUUCUAUGUGUGUAAAUGAAAAGCAGAAAUGUCAGUUCCUCUAGUGAAUCACAGUUAAUUGAAUGCCUUUUUCUUUCAUGGUUACAUCCCAAAUCUACGCUUCGUUUUCAGAAGCUCUCCUGCUCUAGUGUUUCUUGGUCAGUCAUAGUUGGUUUAACUGACGUACGUCAGCGACAACUAAUAGAGCAGCGAGAGCCCAUGUAACAGACGAUAUACCUUAAAUAAUGCAUGGAAUUAAACAGUAUUGCGGUCUAAGAUGCUCAACACCGAGCGAAUGACCGAAAUGAUAAA